GUCUGUAGCUCUGCGGACACGCGUGGGGCCCCUGCCCCGGCCUCCGGCUUGGAGCCGAGCAUCACGGCUGGUGCUGCUGCCCUCACCCAGGUUUCUCUGGACUCCUGAAGUUCUGUCUGGAAAUUUGUGUUGAUUGAAUUUUCUAUAAAAAGAAUUUUGGUGCCAUUGUCCUAUCAAGAUGAUUGUAACACCUUUGAAAGGUGCAGGAAUUCAUUUGUCUUCUGAGACAUUGCAAUGCAGUCUGCUUCAAAAUGCAGUCUUUCUUGAAAGCCUCCCUUCAGACACACUUACUCCUGUGAAAGAUUUGCUGAAAUAUCAGAAGUCCUCUUCAAAAUGGAACAGUCAUAAAAAGAAUCAGUUAUUAGAAAUAACAACUUCUAACAAUAAAAAUAUAUUUCACUCCACCAUGCUAACAGAGGCUUGCCCUUCAAACAGCUCUCUUGAUAUCAGUGUUAGAAUGCGCAACAUGGAUAGAUUAAGAAAUGAAAUGACUUAUGAAUCACCUGGAAAAAUAUUUCAGAGAAUGAAAGAGAAAGUACGGCGUGACAAACAAGAUAAACCAUCAAGGAACAGUAGCAUGAUGGGAUCACCAAAAUGGGACCAUAAAGUCCUUCCUCCUGACAAACACAAGAAAACUCUGUUGCAAGAUACCUAUAUCUGUGACGAAAAAGAAAAUUCAUUCCAAUCCAAUAACCCUUCAUUGGGAGAUCCUCCAGUUCUGAACCAAGAAGAAAAAAGGGUUUCAAUUUCAUGCAUUUCAAGUAAGGCAUUAACUAGAGCCCAGUUUAACAGGCAAGAUCUUUAUUCAAAAGAGAAUCCUGUUAAAACUACUGUGUCCAAAAAGAACACAUUUGUUUUGGAAGGCAUUAAUUCUACUUAUGAAAAGAUCGAAAAUACUGAUGUUGACAGCAUUUGUGUUCCUAUUGAGAAUCAUAGCCAGUCUAUUACUGCUUAUAAUGAUGUGACAACAGAAAGGACUGUGAAUGAGGAUAUUACAGAACAAAAUGAAGAAACGAAGUCUAGGAGGACCUUUCUUCAAGAUCCCAUGAAGAAUACAUCUAAAAUGACACGUUCAAGUCCAAGACUUUAUUUAACACUAUCUGGCCAGUCUCAAAAACAACUUACAGAGCUUGAAACUAUUGCACGUGAAGUAAAAAAAUAUCAGGUAGUCCAGCUACAGGAAUGGAUGAUUAAAGUCAGCAGUAAUAACACUGCUAUAUGUAUACAAGGAAAGCUGGUAAAUAUGACUGAUGUUUAUUGGCAUAGUAAUGUAAUUGUAGAGCGGAUUAAACACAAUAAACUUAGGACCUUAUCAGGCACCAUUUAUAUUUUAAAAGGAUUGAUAGACCGGGUUUCCAUGAAAGAAGCAGGAUUUCCCCAUUACCUCACAUGGAAAUUUAUGUUUGGAUUCCCCCAAAAUUGGAAGGAACACAUUGAUAAUUUUCUAGAACAAUUAAGGGCUGGAGAAAAGAACAAGACUGGACAGAAAACUGCAAGAUUCCAAGAUAAACAGAAAUCAAUAAAAAAUCAUGCAGAAGAUAUACAAACAGAUGUCUUCCAAAAGGCCAACAUCACUUACGACCUUACUGAUGAUCGCUUAGAAAUGAAGAAAAAUCAGAACAGUGGGUUGCCAGGAGCUGCAGGAAUAAACACCAGAUAUAAAAACAGUUGUCGAAAGAAACCACAGGAAUUCAUUGGAAAGAAAAAUUGGAGAAAAUUUCCUUCAAAAAGAUUUGAAAAUUGCAAAAAGAUCAAUGAAAAGAAAAUUCAAAGUCAGAAGCAAGAGAGAACUGAAGUAUUAAAUGUACCCAUUGAUUCCUUGAACUCACUGGAACAGUCUACCUCCCACAAAGAAAGAAGAUAUCUGCCUGUCAGUCAGAAGAAAACUAUUGUUUUAGCAACACCACUUAGAACCACAAGGUCAAUAAAGCAAAGAUGUAUGGAGCACCAUCUCUAUAUUAAAGGAGUAAGAGAUUUUUCCAAAACGAAGCAUCAAGAAGAAAGUGAAUCAGAGAUACAUAGAACUCCAAGUCCUACCAGUAAGUCCUUAGAGACCUUUGAACAUAGAGUGGAUUGUGAAGACAAUACCAAGGAGGACUGCAAUGACUGUGACAUAAUGACUGUCAAACAUAUUCAGAUCCCUUGCAUGCAAAGUAAACAAAUGCUCGCCAAUGAUUUUAAGAAAAAGAACAAGUUGCCCUCGAAACUGCAGAAAACUGAAAAUCAAAUAGGUGUAUCACAGUAUAGCCAGUCCUCAAGUGAAGAGAACGGAGUAGAAAUUGAAAGUAAAACCAGAGCAAGAAAUACAAAGGAAAGGCUGAAUCAGGAGAGAAAAACCAUCAGAAAAGAUAUCCUCCUUAUUUCAGAAUCUAAAGGUGAGAGUGAUUCUUAUAUCACACCAAAGAGACCUAGAUCUGUUGCUAAAGGAUCACAUUACAAAGCUGGUGGUAGCAUGGACUUUCUAAUUGAAGCUAAGGAAUCUGCUACAGCUAAGAGGCAACAGUUAGACCAUCUACCUGGUGUAACUGAUGAUGGAAAAUGGAGUGAGCCAGAGUUACAGAAGCUUCAUCGUACUGGGAUACACUCUAAAAGGAGGAAAAUGUUGGCUGACUGGAGCCCGAAAGAGGACUGUGACACAGAUUCCUGUUCCUACCACUCCAAAGCAGGACACAGGAUCCUUUACCUGGACUCCAGAGCAUCUGAAAGCCUUUAAGAAGAUUAAAAAUGCUUUACUUA